AUGUCCGAGUCCAACUUCGACUGCCAAUCCCCCAGGGAGGUUGAGUCGGGCUAUGCGAGCGGCUGCUCCAGCGAGGCUGCGCUGCCCGACAUCUUCUUCAGCAAGCAGCACCUCAAGUUCAUCAACCAGCAAUUAGCCAAGCUUGAGCCUGAGGAAAUCCUGAGAUGGUGCUUGAUCACGCUGCCGUCGCUCUACCAGACCACGGCCUUUGGCCUGACCGGUCUCGUGACCCUUGACAUGCUGUCGCGCCUGCCCAACCCCACCAAGACCAACGUCGACCUCAUCUUCCUCGACACGCUGCACCACUUCCAGGAGACGCACGAUCUCGUUGACCGCGUCAAGAAGCGGUACAGCCACUUCAACCUGCACGUCUACAAGCCUGCCGGCUGCGAGACGGCCGAUGACUUCGCCGCCAAGCACGGCGCCCGCCUGUGGGAGACCAACGAGGAGCUCUACGAUUUCGUCGCCAAGGUCGAGCCUGCCCAGCGCGCCUACGCCGAGCUCCAGGUCAAGGCGGUGCUGACGGGCCGCCGCCGGAGCCAGGGCGGCAAGCGUGGCGACCUGGACAUCGUCGAGAUUGCCGACGACGGACUGAUCAAAAUCAACCCGCUCGCCAACUGGAGCUUCAGCGACGUCAAGAGCUACGUUGAAAAGUACCAGGUGCCGUACAACGAGCUGCUCGACCGCGGCUACAAGAGCGUGGGCGACUGGCACUCGACGCAGCCCGUGGCCCAGGGCGAGGACGAGCGUGCGGGCCGGUGGAAGGGCCGCGAGAAGUCCGAGUGCGGCAUUCACAACAAGAAGUCGCGCUACGCCCAGUUCCUGGCCGAGCAGGAGAGGAAGAGGCAGGAGGAGGCGCUAAGUAAGGCGCUCGAGUCGGCGCACGUCGGGGCGGCAUGA